ACUCCCCCGUCAUUGCGGUCGGCGGUGUACUAUAAAUAAAUUAGUGAUACCGCCUUCGAUGGGGGGAGUAGGCAGUCGAGAGGUUAUAAAAAAAAAACAAGGGAUAAAAGACAGACAGAGAGAGAGAGAGAGAAAGAAAGAAGGAAGAAGAGAUGGCGGGGGCGGUGAAGGCGGGCAGCCGGCCGCCGUGGGUGGGGCUGGCGGCGGCGGUGUGGGUGCAGGUGGCGGCCGGCAGCGGCUACAACUUCCCGCUGUACUCGCACUCGCUGAAGUCGGUGCUGGGCUACAGCCAGCAGCAGCUGACGAUGCUGGGCGUGGCGAACGACGUCGGCGAGAACUUCGGCAUGGUCCCGGGCGUCCUCUGCAACCGCCUGCCCCCCUACCUCGUCCUCCUCAUCGGCGCCGCCUCCUCCUUCCUCGGCUACGGCCUCAUCUGGCUCGCCGUCAGCCAGACCCUCCCCGGCAUCCCCUACUGGCUGUUAUGGAUUGCGUUAUGCAUUGCUACCAACAGCAGUGCAUGGCUGGGCACAGCCGUUCUUGUAACCAACAUGAGGAACUUCCCUCUUAGCAGAGGCGCUGUCGCCGGCAUCCUCAAGGGAUAUGUUGGUCUUAGUGCUGCUGUAUACACCGUAUUAUACACCGGAGUGCUCCACAACUCAUCGACCAAACUUUUACUGUUUCUUACUUUGGGGAUUCCUGCUAUAUGCCUCGCGAUGAUGUACUUUGUGAGGCCGUGCACCCCGGCACUCGAAGAUGACUCAACAGAACACGGCCAUUUUCUUUUUACACAAAUUUCAAGUGUAGUUCUUGGUGUUUAUCUUCUCACAGCUACAAUACUGGAUGAUGUUCUCUCGCUAAGUCAUGCUGUUACCUAUGCUCUGUUUGGCGUGAUGAUACUCCUCCUCCUUGCUCCCCUCGCAAUUCCAAUUAAGAUGACGCUCUAUCGAAGUACUCGAAAAAGAGCUAGUUUGAUCGGACCGUCCAGCUCUUCAGAUCGUUUAUCGGCUGGAGACCAAGACAAGUCCGAGCCGUUGCUUGCUGCCUCUUCUUCAACAACAAAUCUUGGGGACCCUGAUGAUUCUUCUGAUAUCGAUAUGCUUUUGGCUGAGGGGGAGGGGGCGGUGAAAAAGAAAAGGAGACCUAAAAGAGGAGAGGAUUUUGAAUUCCGUGAAGCUUUGAUUAAAGCUGAUUUCUGGCUUUUGUUCACAGUAUACUUUCUUGGGGUCGGCUCAGGCGUCACCGUUCUCAACAAUCUAGCGCAAAUCGGGAUUGCGACGGGUGCAGACGAUACCACUAUCUUGUUGUGCCUCUUCAGCUUUUGCAAUUUUGUCGGCCGGCUUGGUGGUGGUGUUGUCUCUGAGCAUUUUGUGAGGUCAAGAAUGCUUCCUCGGCCUGUUUGGAUGGCAUGCGCACAAGUAAUCAUGGUCAUAUCUUACCUUCUCUUCGCUUCUGCUCUCAAUGGUACUCUUUACGCCUCAACUGCGCUACUCGGAAUCUGCUACGGGGUGCAGUUCUCCGUCAUGGUUCCAACAGUAUCUGAGCUGUUCGGGUUGAAGCACUUUGGAAUGAUGUACAACUUCAUGCUACUAGGGAAUCCGCUCGGCGCGCUCUUGUUCUCUGGAUUCCUCGCAGGAUACGUGUAUGAUAAGGAGGUGGCGAAGCAGAACCCUGGAUUAUUCGACAACUCCAGCGUUUCCUGUGUGGGGCCAAAUUGCUUUCGGCUCACCUUUUUGGUUCUAGCUGGUGUUUGCUCGCUAGGAACUUUGUUGAGCGUAAUUUUGACGGUGAGGAUAAGGCCAGUCUACCAGAUGCUGUAUGCAGGUGGAUCAUUCAGACUGCCGCGAAGUUCGCUGCAUUGAUGAUAGAUUCCGUGUCUUGCUACUCAUUUAAGUGUUGUAGUAUAACCCUUUUUGUAGUAGUGUGGACUAUGAUGUGUUUGCGUUCUUUUAUAUAACGUGCAUUAGUUGAGAAACUUCUUUACUACCCAGGAGAUAAUUUGCAAAAUCUCGGGAGAAGUUUACGGCAGUGAUUAAAGAAGCCUUUAACAGUUUCUCAUUAAGAAUCACAGAAAUUAACGGUAUAGUAAUACUUGAGGAGUGAUAUUAGUCUAUGUAUUACUAGCGUGAGGCUGUAAUAGGACGAUGCGGACCUUAUUAUUGUGUAACAAAGAUGUGCAACCGUAUAUUAAUCAGCUAUUUUGUGCGUUUGCAACUUUGUCAAACUAAUUGCAUUAUGCGUGCUAUUUAUUAGUUUC